AUGAUGCUGGCGGCCUUGGCGUAUUUGGAGAAGAAUAGUCUUUUGGUGGUCUCGGAGCAUUUUUCGAAUUUACAGUUUGAUCUGGAGAAGAAUGGUUAUUUGGUUGGUGUGGCGCGCUCGUUGCUAAAUUUUGUUGUGAUGGUGUAUGUUGAGGACGUGGAAAAGAAGGUGAAUGUGGAGAACGCGGCGCAGAGGGAAGGGGAAGAAGUUGUGGUUCACAAUACUGAGGUGGCUGGUUUUGAGGUGAAUUCGGAUAAUGAGGUGAAGGCGGAUAUUGCGAAAUUGCAUUUUGAGGUAAUGGUGAAUAUUGAGGCAGAUGUUGAGGUGAAUGUUGAGGUUGAGGUUGCGGUGUGUAUUGAGGUUGAGGUGAAUGUUGAGACGGAUGUGGAUAUUGAAGCUGGUGUUGAGGUUGUUGCGGAGAGGUUAUAUUUUGAGGUGAUGGUGGAUAAUGAGAUGGAUAUUGCGAAUGAGGUGAGCGUUGCGAAGAGAUUGCAUUUUGAGGUGAUGGUGGAUAAUGAGGUGAAGAAGUCGUACUUUGAGGCGAUGGUGGAUAAUGAGGUGGGAGAGGAGUUAGAUUUAGCGGAGGAAGCUGUUGGGUUGGCGG